CAGUUUAUCCUAUUCUAUCAUAUCAUACCAGACAGAUCGAUAAAGCUGAAGGAAUAUGUCCUAAACCGCAUCCCGAGCUAAGCUAAAUCUUCGAUGAAUAAUAUCACUCCAGUAAAUGUAAUACGUUAUGGAGAAGGCUAGAGCUGAUAACCAGGAGCUCCGUGUAGGAAGAGAAGGAGCGCGUCCACAGCGUCUGUCUCUCUGCCUCAGCCGGGAUUUUGAUGGAGUCGCCCUUCACUCCGUUAUAUCCAGCCUUUAAAGGAGCAGGUGCAGGGAAAGGAAUUUAAGCAUCCUCACCGCGGACAAUUAGCAUCACAGACUCGUUUUUAUAGCAGCGGGACGUUUAUGGUUUUUUUCCCUCGUUUGACAAGAAGAUGGUCGCCAAACAGAGGAUCCGAAUGGCCAACGAGAAACACAGCAAAAACAUCACGCAGAGGGGCAACGUGGCGAAAACCCUGCGACCACAAGAGGAGAAAUAUCCAGUAGGACCAUGGCUUUUGGCACUCUUUGUAUUUGUUGUAUGUGGAUCAGCCAUCUUUCAAAUCAUUCAGAGCAUCCGAAUGGGAAUUUGAGUCCUGCACCUCCUCUACACAUCCAUGAGAUCUGAGCCCAUUAGGCACAGUAGUAGGGAAAACUGGAGGCUCCAAUUGUGACGGCGAGCUGUAUGCUAAGGAGCCGAGACCUGUGCACAGUAUAUGACGUUGUCAUUCACUUGUUUACAAUGUACCUGGAUGACGGGAACAAGUGCUUUUUUACUGAACCAUUGUGGCCGGCUUUGCCCCCCUCGUGUCUUAUCAUUGAUCAUAUUUGUGCAAUAGAAUCUGUGCUUUUGUAACCAUAAAUAUUGUGCCACAUUUUGAUUGUAUAUGUUGUUUGUUCUAUUGUUGUUCUUUAA